GGUCUGGCUCAAGGGCGCUGGGCCGGCGCAAAAAGCCCGAGCCGCGGUGCGGGGGCUUGGCGCGGGCGCGCGCUCGCGCACAGCGCCGCCGAGCUGGGCGCCACUGUCAGCGCGCGGGGUGGCGCGCGGUGGCGCGAUGUCGAGCGACGAGGCGACCUCGUUCACCAAGGUGAAGGAGCAGGUGCACGUCGACAUCCCGCAGUGCAUAGAAUCGGUGCUGGGCAAGGUCGGCGAGUACGACGCCAAGCAGGUCGAGGGCUGGAGCGAGCAGAUCGGGCAGGGCCUGAUCCAGAGGCUGCAGGAGAGCUCAGCUCCAUCUUCAAGUACCAUCGUCAACAUCAGCGUGAUGGAGAAGAAGGGCGCGGGCCUCCACACGAGCUCCGCGGUCUUCUGGGACGCGGAAACGGACGGUGCCCUCAGCUACCGCUGGGAGAACAAGGCGCUCGUCUGCGUGGUGCAGGCAUACGGCGUCGGCGUCUGAGGGCGCCCCGCGGCCCUCCCGUUGUUCAGGGGCUCGGCCCGCCUCCUCACCUCGCCGAUCACCAUGACGGGGAGGCCCGAGGACAGGGAGUCCCGAGGUUUCUCGCGUUUUGUCGUCCUCCUGAGCCCCUUUUCCCACGCCCUGGGCACGUCCAAGAUGUGACGCUGGGGUGGAGGGCAGGUCCUGGGGAAGGCCUCGGGGUCCAGGGCCCGCCUCCCCCGCUCGCCCUCGGGGCCCCCCUCCCCCAUGGCAACCUCGCCGAUUCUCUAGCUCCACCUUUGCCACCUCCACCCCCUUUAGUUUGACCCGAGUCUUGGCCUAGUCGCCGCGGGAGCUUCCGAGAAGCUGGCCCGGUUUUCUGAACGCCCCCUGCGAAUGCACGGGGCGCUUGUGAGCGCGGGGCCAGCCUGGCGGCUGCCGAGGAUGUGUUGCCCGAGGGCCAGCAUGGGCAUCUUCUCAGGUGGCCCUUUGUCAAACGUGAGCAGAGGGUCGUCGCGACACCGCUCUGCGGCUGGAGCGACGCCCGCGCUUGGCGACAGGGGCACGCUCCGACAGAGCGCUGGCACGGCUGCCGCGAUGCCGUUUUCGGUCGGAGCGACGCCGCGUUUGAUUGGAGCGGCGUUGUGUUUGGUGAGCGUGCGUUGUAGCCAUUGCGUUCGCCUUCGACUGAGUUGCCGCGCGGUCUCGCGCGAAGAAGCUGCUGUGAUUGCGGCGGCAACGCCAAAAGGGGCGGCAUUGUCGCGCCCAUAUUGCCAGUGUCGUCAUGGCGGGUCGUGGAU